AUGUCUGGCGGAGGACGCAGCCAGCCAACUCCUUCAAGCCACAAAGCUCCUCUCGCACCCCGGCCGUCUGCAGGCGCCGGACAGGCGCCGGCACCCACUCGCGACGAGGGACACAGCACUCUAAAUCUCGCUGCACGCGACGUGUUAAUACACGCUGUGUUCUGGGCAGCGCAACACGUCCUAGGUCCCUUAGGUGCGGCCUGCAACCAUCACCUCUCCGUGCGACACGACUGGGCACUUGCAUGGCUGGGUACUCAACGGCAUGUAGUGCAGGCACUCCGCGCCGCCGUCUGCUGCUGCACAACGGCGGCAACAACGACGGCCGCGGUAGCUCCAGCGGAGGCAGAAGCGGUUUCGGAGCCGCCAGUUCAGCUGCCGCCGCCACCGCGAGUGCCGCCGCUGCUGGGACCGCUAUGGUCCAGCCUCAAGGUCCGGCUGGCGGCUGUACGGCUGCUGCAUGAGGCGUUCUCUCUUCCAGAGCUAACGGACGCUACACCUCCAUCUUCUGGAAGUCCGGUCCUCCGCCGGGAGGAGGACGGGGCCGCCGCACAGGACGGUGCACUAGCCGGGGCCCCGGGUGACGUGUCUGCAGUGCAGAUGGCGGCGGAUGUGCCGCCACUUGGUGCGCACACCGACGCCCAGCUUCGAGACGAGGCCGUACGACAGGCGGAUACGGAGGCGUCCGAAGCAAAUAUUACGGCUGCAGUGGCUGCAGCCAGCAGCAGCGGCGGCGGCGGUGUUGUUGUGAGCUCGUGGACUGUGUGCCGGGAGCUUCUAUGCAACGUUGCUGGGAAGGACAACGACCCACAGGUCGUGACGGCGGCGCUGCUGGCGGCAGCGACCCUGCUGGCGCCGCACCGCGACCGGUGCAGUGCGCGCGAGUGGCGGCAGAUGGUUUCGGAGGGCGUGUUGACGGCGGCGGGGCGCUCCAGGGACCCGCAGGUCUGGGCAGCAGCGGCGGCCUUCACCCGCCACCACGGUGAACACCCGGGCUGGGGGGCCGCGCUGAGACACCUCGUCGUACAGAUCCGCGCCGCCGCCGCCGAGCCGGAAGGGCCCCUGCUGGGGGGCGGCAGUAGCAGCGGCGGCGGCGGCGGCCACACCGCCGCAGCCCUCUGCCGCGCCAUUGGUGCCGCAGCGGCCCUGGCUGUAGCAGCCGCCGAAACCACACCCACCGUGAAAUCCGCUGCGGCAGAAGCCCUGCUGGGAGCUGAGGGUGAGGGUGAGGCCGGGGCUGUAGCACCGGUUGGUACGAUAGAGCUGAUGACCGCUUUGGCUGCCUGUGUCAGCGACGCCUUGCGGCACCCGGGGGCCCAGCUCCUGGAUCCCGAGCUACUGCGGCUACUGCCACCACCUCCGGUCCUUAAGGGCUCAGACCCGGAGGUUGGGGAAGGUGGAGGUGGAGGUGUAAGUGACAGUUGCUUGGAUAUGGAUGGUAAACAGCGAGGGCGGCUCCGGAACCGGAAGGGCUUGCAGCGGCUGCUGGUGGCGGCGGCGCUGGCGGGGACAUCGGCCGUCUGUGGCGGCAGCGGCGGCGGCGGUGGCGGCGCGGUUGAUGACGUCAGCUUGGGGGCUGAUUAUGAAGUGGAGGAUUACGGCGCCGGAUUGAGUGAAGGCGGAGGAGAACGGCGAAGACAAGGCGGGGAAGGGAGGAGAGGGAAGGUGGCGAUGGAGGCUUGUUCCCUAGCGGCGGCAGCUCAAUUCGUGUGUUACAGUCUGAGCUGCUUGAUGGGUCCCGCCGGUUGCCUGGCGGCAGCGGAGGCACUGCUGAGCCAGUCGGAGUCAGCCGCUGUGGCCCUCAGCCCUCAGCCUGGCGAGCCCUUGUCUGAAACGGAUCGGCAGGAGCAGGCGCACCUGGGGUCAGCAGCACGAGGAAGAGGAGGCAAGGGAACUCCGGCGGUGGCGCUGCGCCUGGCGAGGCUGAUGCGGCGCAUUACGGCGCUGGUGCAGGAGCCGGACAAGCUUUUCUCGGAGGUGGACGGCACGCCCACGACGCCGACGGGCGCCGCCGUCGGCUCCGCCGCACGGCAGUGUGGUACGGCGGUGACGGCGGGGCUGCGGGCGCUGACAGCAUUCCUGACCAUACUCCCAGCGCCGCUGGUGAUGUCGUCUGGGGCCGCGUGUGGCAGUAUCGGCGCCAUCAGUCCCGUCAAUGACGGUGGCGGCAGUCGCACCAGCUUAGGAAAGGAAAGCUUUGUCGAGGAAUCGCUCUGCAGCGACACCGGCGGCGGCGGCGGCGGAGGAGGAGGAGGGGCCGCGGCGGUCAAGCAGCAGCCUCGUGAAGGCCCUGACGGGCCCACGGGUCGGCGGCGCCGGCCCCAGGUGGUGAUUGAGGAGCUGCCCGACAGUAAUGGCGACAUCAGCGGUGGCGGCAGCGGUGGUGGCAGCUGCCCCAGCGGGCCCCACUCUAGCCAGGAGCGAUUGCUAGCCGGCGAAUGGCGACAGCAGGAACAGGCCCUGCCGCCACCGUCACGUGCGCUGUGUGGCUCGGCCGCCACCGGCGCCUCGGCAGGUGCCGCAUCGCUGGCACUUUUGCCGGCAGAGAUAGUUUCGGAGCAAGACACUUUGACGGCAUGCCUUCCAGAGCUGCUGCAUGCGCGCAUCCGACCAAUUGUCGUACAGCGUCACGUGCAGAGCCUGGAGGAGGGCCCUAUACGGCCGUACACAGGCCCAGAUACCUUCACACGCGCCGUGGCAGCCCGCCGCCUGGCCUGGCUGUUGAUGCGCUGUCGACAUCCCUUCAUCGGUGUCGUACUGCGGGAGGCUCUGCCCGCAUUGCUGGCUUGCAUUGACGACCCCGCUCCAGGGGUGGCGCAGUACGGCGUGGUGGCGCUGCAUGCCGUCGCAGCGGAGUGCUUGGCGGCGGACCUGCAGUGGCAACGGGAGUUGCUUUUGGAGGCGGCUCGGCGGCUGGUGGUGGGCUGCCAUGAGCAGCUGUGGUCGCUAGUUUGCCCGGCGGCGGUGGCUGUUGUACGGCGCAUCGAGGGCAAGAAUCCGCGGUCCGCCGGAUAUCACGGCCUGGCUGCCGACCUGCUUACAGAAAUGGAACGUCAGGCGCACGUGGCUGUACGGCGGCUCGCCUUCAUGCCUGCCUUUAAUCACCUUCUGGUCGGCUUGGGUCUUACAUCCCUACGCCAUGCGAGCCGUCUCAUGCCGCUGCUGCUCGAGUGGCUUCAUGCAUAUGAUGGAGCAACACGGCUAGCAGCGCUGCGGCUACUGGCAGCAGUGAUUUGUACGACAUGGCCACGUGUGUCGGCACAUGCUACCGUACUGUGGCGGCACAUGCUGGUGGUGUUGAUGCGAACACCUCCAACACACACGAAGGCGAAAGAGGAGAUGUCGAAGGCGGCAUCGGUGCCAGUGGUCCAGACAACGGAAGGGUUGGCGGGUGAUGGUGGAGUGGGAGGGUUGCGAAAGCAUGUCAGUGCAGUGUUAUCGAAGGCGUUACCGAGUAAGGCCGAGGAGGAGGUGGAUAAGGAUGAGGAGGAGGAGGAGGAGGAGGAGGCGCGACUUGCCAGGGAGGUAUGUGUGUUGCUGCUAGCAUGCGCUCGUGAGCAGGUUGUGACUUUUCGGCCGGUGGCUGCGGGGUUGCCAGUGGUAGCAGAGCAGCUGCAUCAGCGGCUGUUGGUGCUGCUGGCUGCUGAAUGCAGGGAGCCUGCAGCCUGUUAA